GUGCUGGGAGCGGAAGCGGCGGCCGCGUUGGAGUCAGGCGGGUGGCAUGGCGGCGGCCGGCAAGAGGAGCCUGGCGGAGCUGAGCCUGGACGAGUUCCUCGCUGCCGGUUCCGAGUCGGAGCCUGACGGUGCUUGGGAGGAGGAGGAGGAGGAGGAGGAAGCCAGGCCCGGUAAAGGGGCUGCGGCGGAGCGGCGGCUGAAUGGGAAGGCGAGGCCGGCGGGGGAGGCCCGGCCGGCUCCGAGGAAGAAGGGGAAAGCAUCUGAACACAAAGACCAGCUCUCCCGGCUGAAGGACAGAGAUCCUGAAUUUUAUAAGUUCUUGGAGGAAAACGAUCGCGACUUGCUGAAUUUUGAUGCCUCAGACAGCUCGGAUGAGGAGGAGGAGAGGGUGCAUGUACCACCUGAUAAACUGGAGGUAGCAAGUGAUGAAGAAGAGGAAGAUGAUGAACAACAGGCAAAAGUCAAACGGAAAAGACCUUUUAUCCCUGUGAGCUUGAAAAUGGUUGAAGAAUGGAAAAGAGCUGCAGAGAGAAACCUAACACCAAAACUGUUCCAUGCAAUCACUCAAGCCUUUAAAGCAGCUGUAGCAACCACCAAAGGAGAUGAUGGUGAGGCUGAUCCCAGCAAGUUUCAAGUCACUGAUGCUGCAGUGUUCAAUGCCCUUGUGUCCUUCUGCAUCCGGGACCUCUUCCAUUACCUGCAGAAGCUGCUUUUUCCAAAACCCCCAAAGAAUAAGCACAAACUGAUCCUUCCUUCCACCAGCCCACUUUGGAGCAAGCUGCGACUGGAUGUGAAAGUGUACCUUGGCUGUAGCAUACAACUCCUGUCUUGUUUAACAGAAGCCUCAGUUGGUGCAGCAGUCCUUCAGCAUGUCAAUUCCAUAGUGCCUUACUUCUUGUCCUUUCCAAAGCAGUGCCGUGCGCUUCUCAAGCAAGCAAUUAGUUUGUGGAGCACAGGGGAGGAAACAGUGAGAGUCCUGGCCUUCCUUGUGCUGAACAAGGUCUGCCGCUACAAGAAAGAGCUGUACCUGAGUCCCUUGCUCAAGCAAAUGUACAUUGCCUUUGUGAAGAAUUCCAGAUUCACCUCUCCCAAUGUCCUGCCCAUGAUCAACUUCAUGCAGCGCACACUGACAGAGAUGUAUGCCCUGGACACACACACCUCUUACCAGCAUGCCUUCAUCUAUAUCCGUCAGCUCGCCAUUCACCUGCGCAGUGCAAUGACCAUAAAGAAGAAGGAGAACUUCCAGUCUGUCUAUAACUGGCAGUAUAUCCACUGCCUGUACUUCUGGUGCCGGGUUCUGAGCACGAUCUACCCCAGUGAGGUCAUGGAGCCAUUGAUCUAUCCUUUGACACAGGUCAUCAUUGGCUGCAUAAAGCUGGUACCAACAUCUCGAUUCUACCCCCUGCGCAUGCACUGCAUCCGUGCACUUACAUUAUUGUCCGAGAACACCAGGACCUUCAUCCCAGUGUUGCCAUUUAUCCUGGAGGUUUUCCAACAAGUGGAUUUCAACAAGAAGCCAGGACGUAUUAGUGUUAAGCCUAUAAACUUUGCAGUGAUCUUGAAGCUUUCCAAUGCCAACCUGCAGGAGAAGGCCUAUCGAGAUGGACUCAUUGACCAGCUCUAUGACCUGAUGCUUGAGUAUCUUCAUUGCCAAGCCUACAGCAUUGGAUUCCCAGAGUUGGUUCUCCCUACUAUCAUUCAGCUAAAAUCCUUCCUGAAGGAGUGCAAGAUUGCCAACUACUGCAAGCCUAUCCGACAGCUCCUGGAGAAACUGCAGGAAAACUCUGCCUACAUCUCCAGCAGGCGUCAGAAAGCUGCCUUUGGCGUGGCCAGCAAGGAGGCUGUGGAACAAUGGGAGAAGCAAGUCAAAGAGGAGGGGACACCUCUGAGCAAGUAUUACACUCAGUGGAAGAAGCUGAGAGAGAAGGAGAUACAACUGGAAAUAAGUGGCAAAGAAAGGCUUGAAGACUUGAACUUCCCAGAAAUCAAACGUAAGAAGCAAAAUGAAAGCAAGGAGGAAGAUAAGAAGGAAUUCAAGGACCUCUUUGAGCUGGACAGUGAUUCUGAUGAGGAGAAAGAUGGAUUCCCUAUAAAAGGUAAAGGCAAAGCCAAGCAGGCCUCAGAUGACAGUUCAGAAGAGGGCAGCGAGGAGUAUGGCGAGGAUGAUGAUGAUGAAGAAGGAAGGUAUGAGAUCGAGGAGGACGAGGAGGAACUGGACGACGACAGUGGCUCGGAUGGUGAGUAGAGCAAGGAAGGCGCCCGCGUUCCGCAGGGAUCCCAGCCGAGGAGCCGCACGGGUGGGAUGUCCCGAGCUGACCUGGAGCUGCUGGCGCAGGGAGACGAGGACCUUGUGGAGGACUUGGCCUUCUCUGACGAUGACUGAGCCCCCUCCGAGCUGCUGGUACCGCAGCACCCAUCCUGCAGCACCCACAGCCGGGUCCUGGAGCCAUGGUGAGAGCUGGGGGGGCAGCCCUGGGUGCCACCAAGGACUCGGCAGAGGCGCUGCUUGGACUUCAGAGCUG